CGGCUGUUAGCCUUGUUGGCUCAUAACCACUGCUGAGAAAUCCAAAGGAAGGGCAUAUCUCACUGUUGUGACACAUUUCUAUAUGUAUCAAUACCUCUCUCGUCCACUCUGACUUUUCCUGAAUUUCACUCGCCAGUAGCCCGCUACAUCACAAUGAGUAAAGCAAAGACAGUAUGUAUCAUAGGUGAGCAUCUCAACCAACAUCUGGGAACACUUGUCUAAUUCUUCAGGGGCCGGACCAUCCGGUAUCGUCGCUGCCAAAACCUUAGUACACGACCACCCCAAGAACACCUUUCACGUGACCAUCUUCGAGGCUCUGGAUCGAAUCGGAGGCUUAUGGCCAGUUUCUGAGAAAGACGACGGGAUAGUCAAUCCUGAUAUGUGUACAAACCAAAGUCGACAUACUGUCAGCUUUAGUGGGCUGGCAUGGCCGGAAUCAACGCCCUCCUUUCCGAAGGCUUGGCAGGUUGGGCAAUAUCUUGAACGAUAUAUUGAGAAGUAUCCUGGUUAUGAGAUUCGCAAGAAUACCAGGGUUGUCAAAGCGGAUUUGAGGGAUGGGAAAUGGACUGUUCAAACACGAAAGGGGACCAAAGAAAGCUCUGAGGUGGUGGACCAAACGCAUGAGUUUGAUCAUUUGAUUGUGGGCACGGGAUUCUUUGGGAAAGCAAAAAUACCCAAAAUUCUUGAAGGCUUUGCGAAACCUGUGGUUCAUAGCUCCGAAGUUCGAGAUAUAAAGGAUAUACUCGUGAAGAGUAGUGGGUCUUCAAGCUCAUCCGGAAAACGGAUUGUGGUGGUCGGUGGACAAAUGUCCGGAGUUGAAAUCGCGGCUGCAAUCGCGUCCCAAUUAUCUUCUGCUGAGAACUCUCCUGAAGAAAGCUCCAUUCCAAAUAUCUCGGAGUACACCAUUACCCAUGUAGUUCAAAAUCCUCUUUGGAUCAUGCCUCUUUUCUUUCCUAAAGACCCGGUCGUCGACGUUGCAGGCUCGCAAGAGAAGGUUUGAAGCUUUCCUUUUGUCGAGAACCACUGAGAAUUCUAACUUGUAUCAGGCGCAAAACUCAUCUCCUGAUUUCUUGCCCGUAGAUCUUGUUGCAUACAACUUAGGAUGGAAGCCUCCCGGUCCUUUGCAAAACACAUCCGGUCACAUCUCAGUAGAAGCAGCAAACUUGACACAUACUUUCAUGAACACCUACAUCGGCAGUGAUCAAAGCGAAUACUCGGAACAUCUUGCCAUGAUUGGAGAAGUUCGUGAUUUCACACCAUACGUGACAGUCAGUGACAGCUACCACGAAUUCGUCCGGUCUGGCAAGAUCAACACCUCUAAAGGAAAAGUUCUAGGUGCAGGCAAAGAGGCCCCAGAAGGUCUUCUUCUCCAAGACGGCGAGAAUCAGAGUCAAAUAGAUGACGUGGCUGCCGUAGUCUUAGCUACAGGUUUCGACGCAUCUCCCUCUCUCGAUUUCUUCUCACCAGAACCUCUUCAGCAUUUACAAUUCGGCCCUACCAGUGAUGCAUUUCCACUUGCACUCAACAUCCACUCCACAAUCAACAAGGCAUUUCCUUCACUCGGGUUCGUAGGUUUUUACCGUAGUCCCUACUGGGGCGUAAUAGAAAUGCAAGCUCGCUACCUCUCUGCCCUGUGGACCGGCGAUUCAAAAGCCUCAGAAGCACUAGCCUCAGACACAACCCUAGAGUCCAUGCUUGCGCUGCGAACUGAUCCUCGCAGAGCACAAUUCCCAAUGGGAGAUUACGCCUACCUCAUGGAAUCAUUCAGCGAAAUCCUCUCCAUACCACGUACCGAGCCUUCCGAUUCAACAGGACGAACGGGACUCGUCCUCCCAGCACGAUACGUCUCCCCCACCGCCUCAGAAACAGAGAAGCACGAAGCAUCCACCGCCCUCUCCAUCAUCGACAAACUAGUCACCGACUCCACCACUGCAGGGAAAUUCGUCGCCCGAGCUGCAUUCCGCGCCAUGCAAGGCGACUGGAAACUUACCCGAAAAAUCACCAGUCGCAUCGCUUCCUACCCCUCUGGCACCCUCACAGGAAACGCAUACUUAAAGCCCCGCGCCCCCACGGACAAAGACGCCGAUAUGGAGUACCUCUACCUCGAAACCGGGUCCUUCGCCGCAGACAACGGGCUGACCUUCACCGCAAAAAGGAGUUAUGUGCAUCGCUACACGGAGUCUACAGAUACUUUAUCCGUCUGGUUCACGAAGGCGGAUCACAGGACUGUAGAUUACUUUUUUCAUUCCUUGCAAUUUGUUGCUGGUUCUGGGUCUGAGAGUAGCAAGACGGGGAAGGAACCCUGGAAGGCGAAUUCGAGUCAUCUUUGUAUUAAGGAUUUGUAUGAUGUUGAGUAUGAAUUCUUUUUUUCGGGGGCGGGAUUGAGGGAGUGGUCUAUGGAGUAUACUGUUAGGGGUCCCGCGAAGGAUUAUACAAUCAGGAGUGUGUAUCGUCGGUGAAUGAGAGGGUAUGAGUUCUGGAUGUUUGAAUGGAGGGGGCUUAGAUGGGAGACGUUAGAAGGAGAAAUUAUCUUGGUAGAUGAAAGACUUGUGAUUGUUGGAUGAUAUGAAAAUCAUAUUCCCGUAUCCUAUGUCACAACGAUACGUCUUUAAAUAAUACCUAGUGAACAGAAUCUAGGUAAAACCAAACCUACAGCAUUAACCAAAGUGCGUUACCUGUCACCAUUACAAGAAUCUCUUCUUAAUAUUCCACACCAUAAAAAUAUAAUGGACGUAAUUGUUACUCUCUACACAUCUAGCUUAUUAUAAAACAUACCAUUACCCCAAAAUUCUCGUAUAACUAAGUUUCUUAAAUAUAUACCUCAGAAUAAUUAACACUUUUUACAUUAUAUUUACCUACGUAUACGAAGAAGAUUAAUUUUCUUAGACUAGACUUCUGGCAUAAUCUUUUCUUUUAAGUUAUUUAGAGUAUUAACCAGGUUUCUUAGAUAAAUUAACCUCCCUGCUUCGCUAACGUAUUCUUUUAGGAUAAAAGCCCUCUUCUUCCUUCCUUCCUUUCUUUUAUCUUCUUCAACUCAGAAGUCGAAUGGAACCUGGCUCACAAUAUUGUACCACCCAUGCCACAUCACAUAUUCGACAGGUGCUUCGAGCAUGGUGCUUGGAAGAAGGCUACUAGACGCAGCCGGGGGGUCUUACUCCUUCUAGCAUUCUUAACCGUCUCCUCUCCGUCCUUCCUCCUGGAUCACAACAUUGUCCCACCCAUGUCAUACAACAUAUACGACAGAUGCUUGAAAGAAGGCUGCCAGGUCACAAGAA